AUGGAUGAUUCGCGGCCCCCGGAUUGCUUGUUCAAGAAGAGACUACUUGUUGGUGCACUGAUUGCUCGACCCUUGGACGUCAUUAAGCCUCCUCCUCUUAUCAAGGUUCACAAAGUCUCGUUCAAAUUAAAAGUCAUCGGUUCAUCCUCAUCGUUAUCAAGACUCAUGUCGGGCGAGAACUGUUGGCUAAAGCCGCUCAUACACAGUCUUGACGAGAGUUUCAUUUAUGCCGAUGAAGAGAAUGACGAAAUCUAUGAUCCAGAGAUAGGGGACGUGGAACUAGUCGAUGAGAUCACAUACGAGCGAGAGACUUUCGGCAGGAAGGCAAGAAGACAGGACCUCAAGCAUGCCGCCAGUCUAGGUCUAACACUGCCUUCACCUUACAGUGGAAAAGGAAGCGCAACACAUUUCCUGAUAUCGAGAUCUUCACGCCCAGGGUGCAAUCAGUUUUGA